UGAGGAUUCGAAAUAGAGUAAAGAUCAAAUGGUUCGACACAUUUGAGAUAUUUAGAGAUCUUAGUGAUAUUAAAAUGCUGUGGAGGAGAAUUUUAAGAGUAACGGUCUUUGCCAGUACCUUAUGUAUGUCAGAAUCUGUUUUGUGGCCUGCUGGAUCAUAUGGAAUACCCAAACCUGUGUCUGGUUGUCCUCUGACUACUGGCUUUCAGUGGGAGAAAGGAUGGCGGGCUCACGACACAAAUGGUGUAUCCUCAAACAAUUCCAGAUCCCAUGACUUCCACCUCGAUGCAAAGGUAGAUGAAAGCAAAGUCCAAAGAUCAUUCUGUAUAAAAACAUCCACGAUUGACGACCAUAACAGACCAAAUUGGCCACAAGGACGAUAUUGUAUCUACAAAAAGGGAACCUGCCCAGCAAAUUUCAAGGAAGGCUAUGUUUACUGGGAUGAUGACGACAGUAACAAAAAUAAGAAUAAACGUAGUGGAACACUUCCUGACGGAACGUUCAACGAGAACACAAGAAUCGAGUUUUGCUGCAGAAGCGACGGGGAAAAAGAUACUCCUAUUCUCCUUCCCUCUGAUUCUCCAUUUUUCCUGCUGGCUUACAAAUCAGACAAAUGUCAGAUGGUCAAAUGGGCGAUAGCAAGAGCAGAGUGGAUUUAUUAUGAUACUCAAAACAACAACAACAUGGAUGGAAGGGGCGGCGGAUUCCCUUAUGAUGCCCGUGAACGUGAACAGCAUCAAAAGAUAUAUUACUGUUACUACACUGGAUGUAAUAGAACACUAACAACAGCCAAUGGUAGUUUCCACUCUCCGAAUUAUCCAGGAAAGUACCCGAAUGGUCAACACUGCUCGUGGACGAUCACAGUUAACACAACGCGACAGAUCGUAUUGGUUUUUACUGAAUUUAGACUGCAAAACGAGAUUGGCACUGACGAACUAUACGUUUAUGAUGGAUCUGAUUCAAAAGGAGUGGUGUUAGGAGUCUUUUACGGAGGUCACCCUCCCCCAGAAAAAGGAAUAUACUCUUCAUCUAACCACAUCUUUAUAAUAUUCAAGUCAGACAAAGAUAACUCUUUCACUGGCUUUAAAGCGUCUUACUUUGGUGUCAAUAUUUCAGCGUCAACAAGAUCACCAGACAGGACGACACCAAGUGAGAUUCCUUCAUCUAGAGCAGAUGAUCCGAAUAGUAGAGGGAAGGGUGAACCUGAAGAAAGAGUAGGUGUGACUGUGGUAUAUGUGGUCGUUCCAUUGGUGCUGAUCGCCCUUUUAGCAUUCGUGUUCGUUGGAGUGGUGUUUUACCGCAAGAGGUUACAGCAUUCUGUUUCCACUUCCUUUCUUUUGAUGUAUUCUACAAAUUUUAGAGCCUUGGAAAUGUUGUGCUGGCGAAUUCUAAGAUUGAUAAUAUUUUUCUAUGGCCUUAGGAUUUCAGAAACUGUUCUUUGGCCAUCCGGGUCAUACGGGAUACCAAAACCUGCAUCUGGGUGUCCUAAAGCAGAGGGGUUUGGCUGGAAGGAGGGAUGGAGAUAUCAAGACACAGAGGAUACUAAUUCGGCCAACGCAAAAUCACCACAGUUUCACCUUGAUGCAGUGGUUGAAAGUCGUGGAAUUAAAAGAUCUUUCUGCAUGAAAACUUUCACAGCUGACGAUAGCAACAGAAUAGACUGGCCAUCAGGGCAGUAUUGUAUCUACAGAAAGGGAAUCUGUUGCCCGCCAGGUCUAGACUCAGGUUUUAUCAAGUGGGAUGACGAAAACGACAAAAAUAACAAUAAUAAAAGCGGCGUACUUCCUACUGGCAACUAUAGCAUGAACACCGAGAUUUACUUUUGCUGUGCGAAAAGUGGAAAAAAAACUGAUCCUAUCAUCAUUCCCGCUAAGGAUCCAUUCUUCCUGCUAGCCUAUGCGUCUAAAGAAUGUCAGAUGGUCAAGUGGGCGGUUGCAAGUGUGGAGUGGAUACGUUAUCAUACUGAAGACUCGAACAACAAGGAUCGAACAGCUGGGGUGUACCCUUAUAAUGCUGGAAUAAAGAACCCAACUAUUUAUUACUGUUACUACCGUGGAUGCAACGAAACUCUUGCCUCUAUAAAUGGUACUUUUCAUUCUCCAAACUACCCAAGAUCAUAUCCAGAUGGACAGUACUGCUCCUGGAGAAUCACAAUCAACACGACACAACAAAUCCACUUGAUAUUCACAAACUUUACUUUGCAGCACGAGAGUGACACAGACGAAUUGUACGUGUAUGAUGGAGAGAAUGCUACAGGAGAGUUAUUGGGGGUGUUUUACGGAGCUCAUCCUCCCCCAGAGGGAGGCAUAUUUUCCUCGUCUAACCAACUAUUUGUAAUAUUUAGAUCAGAUAGCAAAGGCUCGUACGAUGGAUUCAAUGUUAAUUACUACGGUGUUAAUUUUCGAACUAUCCAGACAUCAGAGACAACACACAGUUUCCACACGAAAAACAUAACAUCAGACGGAAUGCCGAAACCCACUUCUGUUAAAUCAUCGAAGAAAGGUGGAAUCGAAGCUAAAAGGGAGCAACUACAAAAACAGGGCUUGAAUGUGGUAGCCGUGGUAACUCCUGUAGUGUUGGCCUUCUUCCUUGUCUGUAUGCGUUUAACUAUCGUCUUUUAUAUCACAGGGGUGGGGAAGAAAAAAGAAUCCGAGCCAAAAGAGCUUACUUUCUCUACAAGCACCGUGGCUGUUGCUUACACAAACGAAACGUAUGUUUCGGAGGAAAUCGAGUUGUACACCGAAGUUAAAAACCAACACGACGUCGAUCCUGGUGGGCAACUCUGUAGUAGAAACCCCUUGUAUGAACCUACAACAUCGACUGACGCUCUCGUCGUGGUUACCCAGGCCUGCGAAAGCAAUAAUUUGUUUGUGACCAACAACAGCAUGCCGAGGUUUACAGAAGCAGCUCACUUAUACACUGAGGUAAAAAAGCUACAAGACUGCAAUGAGGUGCCAUCUGUGGAACAGGAAAAUGAAAACCCGCUUUAUGAAACCGCUUCCUCCGUCCAUAUCGUCGCGGACAACCACAUUUAUGACAGCACCAUCUGAAUAUCUAACCCCAAAUAUCAAAUUAAAAUGAACGCUUUUUGUGGUUCUGUCGACAUCAGGCGUUUUCAAAAUCAAAGUAUAUUAUUCGGAUUACUCAAUCUUGGUCUUACUCAUAAAACACAUAAAAAGCGAAAAUUCGCAUAUUUGGCCUCUGAUGUCAGUCUAUGUAGAAGUUGGUUGAAAGUAGCUGAACCUAGGACCGACAGGCAGUCGUACAUUUCUUACAAACAUCAUAGGUGUAGAACAGAUUGCUGAUAAUUGAAAAAGGAGUUGACAUGAUUUUAAAAGUUGUUCAGGAACGCCUUAAGCUCUUCCUUAUUUCCUAUUCAUGCUUUCAUGUUGUGAAACCAAUAUUAGCCUACUUCUGUGUCAAUUAUCUCCUAAUAAACCAAGUUAAACUGAAA